GCAGCGAUGGUGUACAAGGUGCAUGCGAUCUCCCCAGUAUCGGCCAAGGUCGUCGCCGUCGGCGAGAUCAACCGCGUUAUUGUGUACAUCCUCCGUGUGGACUGCGCCGGUCGGACAACCUACGUCUCGCGGCGGUACUCGGAAUUCCGCGAGCUCAUGAAAGACAUCCAUGGCCACGCCACCGCACGACGCCGCGUGGACUCGUGUGAGAUCUGCUCCGACGUUGUUUCACUCGGUCUCAACCGUAGCGACGGCUUUCCACGCCGCAAGCUCCUCCACAGCGAAAGUCUUGCCGUGGGUCGCAUGGACGAGCUGUCCGUGUUUGUGAAGAACCUGAUGAUCUCUACGCAAGGACUCCUCGAGGAGUCAUGCGAUAUUCCCGCCAAACUGCGAGCGUUUUUCUUGCUUUCCCCGCUAGAAACUUCUUCCUUGACCGACACCCCAAAUACGAACAACCACAACAACGAGAUGCGCUACCUCACCACAGGACAAGUGCGCAUGAUUCACCAAACGGACGCCGCCGACUUCCAGAACGACACAGAAAUCAAUUCGCCGCCAACAAAUGCGCUGCAUCGACAGCAUUCGCUCGUUAUUUAUCAAUAGCCAUGUCAAGUAUGUACGGAGUGCGUUGCUCAUUGUAAUUGUUCGCGGCAGUUCCCAUCUAUAUCUCAAUGGCUAGCAUACUAGGAGUAACAAGAUUACCGUAAUCUACGGGUUGGAAGAG